AGUACGUUUGGUGGUUAGCUUGCCACAGGUGCCGGGCGUAUAGAAAAGAGAUGUGAGGUUGAUGUAGUGAUAAAAGUUAUUGAACCUAUGGAUUUUGUGUGAACAACUUAUCGACUCUGACCUUGAAGACGAACGUGAGGUCAGAGUGCUUCUCACACCCAAACACUGCCUGAAUUCUGUGAGCUAUGGUUAUUGUUACAAGGGGAGAUUACAUUUGGAUUGAACCUGUAUCUGGCCGUGAAUUUGAUGUGGCUAUUGGAGCACGCGUUGUGUCAGCUGAAGGACGGCGUAUUCAAGUCAAAGACGAUGAUGGAAAAGAGCAAUGGCUCACACCAGAGAGACGCAUCAAAGCAAUGCAUGCCACCUCCGUGCAAGGGGUGGAAGACAUGAUAUCCCUUGGAGACCUCCACGAGGCUGGCAUUCUUCGAAAUCUAUUAAUUCGUUACAAUGAAAACCUUAUCUACACAUACACCGGUUCAAUUCUUGUGGCUGUAAAUCCCUACCAAAUUUUACCAAUCUACACAGCAGAGCAAAUAAAACUAUAUAAAGACAGAAAAAUUGGAGAGCUACCACCUCACAUUUUUGCGAUUGGUGACAACAGUUACACACACAUGAAACGCUAUGGGCAAGAUCAAUGCAUAGUUAUAAGUGGCGAGAGUGGUGCAGGAAAAACUGAAAGCACGAAGCUAAUUUUGCAGUACUUAGCAGCUAUCAGCGGAAAACAUUCUUGGAUUGAACAACAGAUUUUGGAAGCAAACCCAAUUCUAGAAGCAUUUGGAAAUGCCAAGACCAUCCGCAAUGACAAUUCUUCGAGAUUUGGCAAAUACAUUGAUAUUCACUUUAAUCACCAAGGCGUAAUAGAAGGUGCCAAGAUUGAACAGUAUUUGCUGGAGAAGUCUCGUAUUGUGUCACAAAGUGCCGAUGAGCGCAAUUACCACAUCUUCUAUUGCAUCCUGGCCGGUUUAUCAAAUGAGGAAAAGAGGAAGCUGGAGUUGGGGGAUGCAUCUCAAUACAGGUAUCUCACAGGGGGGGGCAGCAUCACGUGUGAGGGAAGAGAUGAUGCAGCAGAGUUUGCAGACAUUCGCUCUGCCAUGAAGGUCUUGCUGUUUUCAGACCAGGAAAUAUGGGAAAUUCUGAGACUCCUUGCAGCAUUGCUUCAUACAGGAAACAUCAAAUAUAAGGCAGCAGUGAUAGAUAAUUUGGAUGCAACAGAGAUUCCUGAUCACAGCAAUGUGCAAAGAGUAGCAAGUCUUCUUGGUGUACCAAAGCAACCACUCAUUGAUGCCCUGACAAGGAAGACCAUCUUUGCUAGUGGAGAAACAGUUGUGUCCACGCUGUCACGAGAGCAGUCUGUCGAUGUGAGAGAUGCUUUUGUGAAAGGAAUAUAUGGCCGACUCUUUGUUCUUAUUGUUAAUAAGAUCAACAAUGCAAUUUAUCGACCAAAAGGAAGUGCAAGGAGUGCUAUUGGAGUACUGGACAUUUUUGGAUUUGAAAAUUUUAACACCAACAGCUUUGAGCAGUUCUGCAUUAAUUAUGCUAAUGAGAAUCUGCAGCAGUUUUUUGUGCAGCAUAUCUUCAAACUGGAACAGGAAGAAUACAAUCUUGAGGGCAUCAACUGGCAGCACAUUGAGUUUGUUGACAAUCAAGAUGCACUUGAUCUCAUAGCUAUCAAACAGCUGAACAUCAUGGCCCUCAUAGAUGAGGAAUCAAAAUUCCCUAAGGGUACAGAUCAGACAAUGUUAGCCAAACUACACAAAACCCAUGGAAGCCACAGAAAUUAUUUGAAACCAAAAUCAGAUAUAAAUACAUCAUUUGGACUCAACCAUUUUGCUGGUGUUGUGUUUUAUGACACACGAGGGUUUCUUGAGAAGAAUCGAGACACUUUUAGUGCUGAUCUACUGCAAUUGAUCCACAUCUCAACAAACAAAUUUCUUCAGCUGUUAUUUGCCGAAGACAUUGGAAUGGGUUCAGAGACGAGGAAACGGGCUCCAACAUUGUCUACUCAAUUCAAGAAGUCUCUAGACUCGCUUAUGAAAACUUUGAGCAGUUGUCAGCCUUUUUUCAUUCGGUGUAUCAAACCCAAUGAGUUCAAGAAGCCAAUGAUGUUUGAUCGAGGACUGUGCUGUCGUCAACUCCGCUAUUCUGGCAUGAUGGAAACAAUCCGAAUUCGGCGUGCAGGAUAUCCCAUUCGACACGGUUUUAUGGAGUUUGUGGAGAGGUACCGGUUCCUCAUUCCAGGCAUUCCUCCAUCACAUAAGACUGACUGCCGAUCUGCCACAGCAAGGAUUUGUCAAGCUGUUCUUGGGCGGUCUGACUACCAACUGGGCCACACUAAAGUUUUCCUCAAGGAUGCCCAUGAUUUGUUUUUGGAGCAGGAACGAGAUCGUGUACUUACUCGUAAGAUACUCAUCUUACAGCGUUCAAUUCGUGGAUGGGUUUACAGGAGAAGGUUUUUGAGAAUGAAAGCUGCAGCAUUGAUUAUCCAGAAGUAUUGGCAGGGUUAUGCACAGCGACAGCGAUAUCAGAGGAUGCGAGUUGGUUACAUGAGAUUGCAAGCUCUGAUUCGCUCCAGAGUUCUCUCUCAUCGUUUCAGACAUUUACGAGGUCAUAUUGUUGGACUUCAGGCUCGUGCUCGUGGUUAUCUCGUACGCAGGAUGUAUCGACAGAAGAUGUGGGCCAUUAUUAAGAUUCAAGCCCAUGCACGUCGCAUGAUAGCCCAGAGAAGGUAUAAGAAGCUUAAGUUUGAUUAUAGGCAUCACAUAGAAGCUCUGAGGUUAAAGAAAAAGGAGGAACGAGAAUUGAAAGAAGCAGGCAACAAGAGAGCGAAAGAAAUUGCAGAACAGAAUUACAGGGAACGCAUGAUGGAAUUAGAGCGCAAGGAGAUAGAACUGGAGAUAGAGGAACGCCGACGCAUGGAAAUAAAGAAAAAUCUUAUUAAUGAUGCAGCUAAGAAACAGGAUGAACCAGUGGAUGACAGCAAAUUGGUGGAGGCCAUGUUUGACUUCUUGCCUGACUCUAGCAGUGAGGCUCCUGCUCCAGCUAGGGAGACGUCGGUCUUCAUGGAUCUGCCUGUCCCAAAGCCUGACCCACAGGAAAUCAUCAGUCCCAUGCAGACAGUUCCUGAAGAUGAGGAGGAUUUGUCUGAAUUCAAGUUCCAGAAAUUUGCAGCAACGUAUUUCCAAGGAAAUAUCACCCAUCAGUAUUCCAGAAAACCACUGAAACAUCCAUUGCUGCCACUCCACACACAGGGAGAUCAGUUGGCUGCACAAGCAUUGUGGAUUACCAUCUUGAGGUUCACAGGUGAUCUCCCAGAGCCUCGAUACCACACCAUGGACCGAGAUAACACAUCCGUCAUGUCCAAAGUAACAGCAACACUUGGAAGAAACUUCAUUCGUAGUAAAGAGUUUCAGGAAGCACAGAUGAUGGGUCUGGACCCAGAAUCAUUCCUGAAGCAGAAGCCUCGCUCAAUCAGGCACAAGUUAGUGUCUCUGACUCUGAAACGUAAGAACAAGCUGGGAGAAGAUGUACGGCGGAGACUGCAAGAUGAUGAGUACACUGCGGACAGCUACCAGACAUGGCUUGAAUCUCGGCCAACCUCAAACCUUGAAAAGUUGCACUUCAUUAUUGGACAUGGAAUUCUUCGCGCAGAACUCAGAGACGAGAUCUACUGCCAGAUCUGCAAACAACUGACAAGCAACCCAUCCAAAUCAUCGCAUGCUCGAGGUUGGAUUUUGUUGUCUUUGUGUGUUGGCUGUUUUGCCCCAUCAGAAAAGUUUGUCAACUACUUGAGGGCCUUCAUCCGUGAAGGACCGCCAGGAUAUGCACCCUAUUGUGAGGACAGGUUGAAGAGAACCUUUAACAAUGGCACCCGCAACCAGCCUCCUAGUUGGCUUGAGUUGCAGGCUACAAAGUCAAAGAAGCCUAUCAUGUUGCCCAUCACAUUUAUGGAUGGCAAUACCAAGACUUUGCUGGCAGAUUCUGCAACAACAGCUAGGGAAUUGUGCAAUCAGUUGUCAGACAAGAUUGGACUCAAGGACCAGUUUGGUUUCUCUUUAUAUAUUGCCCUCUUUGACAAGGUAUCUUCUCUGGGCAGUGGAGGUGACCAUGUGAUGGAUGCUAUUUCACAGUGUGAACAGUAUGCAAAAGAACAAGGCGCGCAGGAGAGGAAUGCUCCUUGGAGACUGUUUUUCCGUAAGGAGAUCUUUGCUCCAUGGCAUGAGCCCACAGAGGACCCUGUGGCAACUAAUCUCAUAUAUCAGCAGGUGGUGAGAGGUGUGAAGUUUGGGGAGUAUCGUUGUGACAAGGAAGAGGAUCUGGCCAUGAUUGCUGCUCAACAGUACUAUAUAGAAUAUUGCUCGGACCUUAAUGUCGAUCGGCUGUACAACCUUCUGCCUAGCUACAUCCCUGAUUACUGCCUUGCUAGUGCUGAUAAAGCUAUAGAUCGCUGGGGCCAGCUGGUUGUACAGGCAUACAAGAAGAGUUAUUAUUUGAAAGAGAAAGUUCCAGCUCUCCGGGUUAAGGAGGAUGUGGUUAGUUAUGCCAAAUUCAAGUGGCCUCUACUCUUCUCCAGAUUCUAUGAAGCAUACAGAAAUUCUGGUCCCAAUUUGCCGAAAAAUGACGUGAUUAUCGCAGUUAACUGGACUGGAGUGUAUGUGGUAGAUGAUCAGGAGCAGGUUCUCUUGGAGUUGUCCUUUCCUGAAAUUACCACAGUGGCCAGUCAGAAGACCAAUAAAGUGUUCUCACAAACCUUCACACUUUCAACAGUCCGUGGUGAGGAGUUUACAUUUCAGAGCCCUAAUGCAGAAGACAUUCGUGACUUGGUAGUCUACUUCUUGGAGGGACUCAAGAAACGAUCCAAGUUUGUGAUUGCAUUGCAAGAUUACAAAGCACCAGGUGAAGGUUCAUCAUUUCUAACCUUCCUGAAAGGGGACCUAAUUGUGUUAGAUGAUGAUAGCACAGGUGAAACUGUGAUGAAUUCUGGCUGGUGUGUGGGCCGUUGUGAACGCACAGGUGAAAAGGGGGACUUCCCUGCUGAGACUGUCUAUGUGCUGCCAUCAUGCACUAAACCUCCACAGGACAUCUUGGCACUGUUUAGCCUGGAAAGUGCUGAACAUGGACGUAAAAUUCAUCCCCAGCAAGUGAAUGGGAUUGAGGCUCGAGAAAAACCACAUACGUUGGCUGAAUAUGCAAUCGAUCAUUUCAGACCACCACCAAAGCGCACCAUGUCCAAGGCCCUCACACUAACGUCAGCUCGACGUGGUAACCCGGAAGAGCUAUGGCGUCAUUCUAGAGAGCCACUGAAACAGCCUCUCCUCAAGAAGCUGCUUACAAAGGAAGAAUUGGCGGAAGAAGCUUGCUUUGCUUUCUCAGCAAUGCUGAAAUAUAUGGGAGACCUUCCAUCCAAACGACCACGUAUAGGCAAUGAAUACACUGACCAGAUCUUUGAUGGACCACUUAAGCAUGAAAUUCUGCGUGAUGAGAUCUACUGCCAGGUCAUGAAGCAGCUAACAGACAACAGAAAUAGGCUUAGUGAAGAGCGAGGUUGGGAGCUGAUGUGGCUUGCAACUGGACUUUUUGCCUGUAGCCAAAACUUGCUCAAGGAAUUGACCUUGUUCCUGCGAACACGAAGGCAUCCCAUAUCACAGGAUUCUCUGCAACGACUCCAAAAGACACUUAGGAAUGGACAAAGAAAGUAUCCACCCCAUCAGGUGGAAGUAGAAGCCAUUCAGCACAAAACAACACAGAUCUUCCACAAGGUCUAUUUCCCUGAUGAUACAGAUGAGGCAUUUGAGGUUGAUUCCUCAACGAGAGCGAAGGAUUUCUGUCAGAACAUAUCUCAACGCCUGAACCUAAGGUCAAGUGAAGGUUUCAGCUUGUUUGUCAAGAUUGCAGACAAGGUGAUCUCUGUGCCAGAGGGCGAUUUCUUUUUUGAUUUUGUUCGGCACUUGACAGACUGGAUAAAAAAGGCACGCCCAUCUCGAGAUGGUACAUCGCCACAGUUUACAUAUCAGGUGUUCUUCAUGAAGAAGCUGUGGACGAAUACGGUUCCAGGCAAGGACAGAAACUCUGACCUCAUCUUUCACUUCCAUCAGGAGCUACCAAAACUUCUCCGAGGAUAUCACAAAUGUAGCAAAGAUGAAGCUUCUCGUUUAGCUGCAUUGGUUUAUCGAGUUAGAUUUGGAGAAAGCAAACAGGAACUGCAAGCUAUUCCGCAAAUGCUACGAGAAUUAGUACCUGCAGAUCUUCUCAAGAUACAGAAUGCCAAUGACUGGAAACGUUCUAUUGUUGCAGCUUACAAUCAGGAUGCAGGUAUGAGUCCAGAAGAAGCAAAGAUAACUUUCCUGAAAAUAAUCUACCGAUGGCCAACAUUUGGUUCUGCUUUUUUUGAGGUAAAGCAGACCACAGAACCAAACUAUCCAGAAAUGUUGUUGAUUGCAAUCAACAAACAUGGAGUGAGCCUCAUCCAUCCACAGUCUAAAGACAUUCUAGUGACGCAUCCAUUCACACGAAUCUCAAACUGGUCGUCAGGCAACACGUACUUCCACAUGACAAUAGGUAAUUUGGUGCGUGGCUCCAAACUUCUCUGCGAGACCUCACUGGGUUACAAGAUGGACGAUCUCCUUACGUCUUACAUUUCGCUUAUGCUUACCAACAUGAACAAACAGAGAGGGACUCUGAGAAUUAAAUAGGUGGGUGUUUUGAGUCACCAUGCACCCAAGAAUCUCUGUUUUCAGGUGACCAGUUGUGUGCGUCUCAACAUUCCACAAGAUAAUGUUUGUGUACAUAUUAACAUAGUAAUUUCUCUCAUAAUGAUUUUAUGAGUGCAGAUUUACUUUCUGCCUCUUGUGUUUUUGAUGCUGUUUAUUGACUGUAAUUAAUAUAUUUUAUAAAUAUAAUUUCUUACCAUCUUAAAGUAAAAAAAAUUAUAAGAAGAUGACUGAAAUCUCACAAUGACGUCAUAGUUUAGGACAAGACAAAAAAGUUUAUGCAAGUAUUUUGUAAACAGUAUUGUUAAAACUUUGAAGGUAAAAUAUUUCUACCUGGAGUAUUCUGUAGACUGAAUAUGCUUCUUUCUCGCACGCUGGGUAUGCUGUAGAACAGUGGUCCCCAACCAUUUUGUGCCUAUGGGCACAUUUGAGAGUUUAUGAGAUCGUGGCGGGCACCAACCAAUUAACAAAGCCAAAUUUUCUUUUCUCUGGACAAAUAAGAUAUGGACACCAAA